UGGACAGCAUUUGAGGCGAGCGAAUGAGUGCGGGCAGGAGUGCGCUUGUGUUUGGAGAUAUUCAGACGGACAGCCACGGCGCUGAAGCAGUUCACGGAGUUGUCAGGUGGCUUUACGCUUCUUUAACGCUUCUUAGCUCGAUAUCAAACGGGAUUUUACAAAAACUGUACCAGAUGAACACUAUAAUAGAGGAAAAGCAGUACACCGCGCUCAGGUGUUCAGAGAGAUAAAGACUGUACCUCACUAUACCUGCAGGACCUGGGGCAUAUGAACAUAAACCAGAACUCGCAGACAUUUACUGGAUUCACUCUUUAAGUUGAGAUCAAAGUUUCUUCUGGACAGUUUAGAGUAAGCAGUGACCUCUGCAGUUGUGUCUUUCUGACUUCAACGGAUGCACCAUGCUGUUGGACAGUCGAUGGUCUGUCCAGGUUCUCCUGGCUCUAUCAGUCCUGAUUUUGGGUUCGGACAGCGAACCUCAGAAUGCCCCUCGGGUCUUCUUGCCCUUCAAAGAUCUGAGGUCUACAGGUACAGCCCAUCACUUCUCUUUCCUGUUGAACACAUCAGACUAUCGCAUCUUGCGCAUGGAUGAGGAUCAUGACCGCAUGUAUGUGGGCAGCAAAGACUACAUACUGUCCCUGGACCUCCACGACAUCAACCGAGAACCCCUCAUAAUACACUGGCCGGUUUCCCCACAGAGGAAGACGGAGUGUGUUUUAAGUGGCAAAGACACAAACGGCGAGUGUGGUAAUUUCAUCCGUCUGAUCGAGCCGUGGAACAGGACACACUUGUACGUGUGCGGGACAGGCGCCUACAACCCAGUGUGCACUUAUGUCAACAGAGGACGCAAACCUAUGACCGCCAUGCAUCUCCAGAUGCCCCAGACCAGAGGAAGAACUAGUCGUGCAGCUGAACCUGAAACAGUGUUUGAUGAGACAGGACUGCAGGAAUACAUCUUCCAUCUGGAGCCCGGCAAGGAGGAUUCUGGGAAGGGAAAGUGCCCAUAUGAUCCAAAACUGAACAGCGUCUCUGCAUUGAUUAAUGGAGAACUGUAUGCAGGGGUGUAUAUUGAUUUCAUGGGAACAGACUCUGCUAUUUUCCGAACUUUGGGGAAAAAUGCAGUCAUGCGCACUGACCAAUACAACUCAAGAUGGCUAAAUGACCCCUCAUUUGUCCGUGUGCACCUCAUCCCUGACAGCAACGAAAAAAACGAUGACAAACUCUACUUUUUCUUCCGUGAGAAGUCUUCUGAGAUGGGCCAGAGCCCCAAAUCACAGUCACGCAUCAGCCGAAUCUGCCUGAACGAUGACGGCGGUCACUGCUGCUUGGUCAACAAGUGGAGCACCUUCCUGAAAGCCCGUCUCAUCUGCUCGGUCCCAGGAGCUGAUGGAAUUGAAACGCAUUUCGACGAGCUCAGGGAUGUGUACAUACAGCCCACGCAGGACACUAAAAAUCCUGUCAUCUAUGGGGUCUUCUCUGUGUCUGGCUCUGUAUUUAAAGGCUCAGCGGUCUGCGUCUACUCCAUGGCGGACAUUCGGAUGGUGUUCAAUGGACCUUUUGCCCACAAAGAAGGUCCCAAUUAUCAGUGGGUGGCCUACAGUGGAAAAAUCCCCUACCCUCGUCCAGGAACAUGUCCUGGUGGGACAUUCACCCCUAACAUGAAGUCAACGAAAGACUACCCUGACGAGGUCAUCAACUUUAUGCGGAACCAUCCCACCAUGUACAACACUGUGUAUCCGGUGCACAAGCGCCCCCUGGUGGUCAGGACCAACGUGGACUAUGAGUUCACCACUAUCACUGUGGACCAGGUGACUGCAGCCGAUGGCAACUAUGAAGUGCUCUUCCUGGGUACAGACAGAGGUACAGUGCAGAAGGUGAUUGUCCUGCCCAGAGAUGAUCUGCAGACAGAGGAACUGGUGCUAGAGGAAGUGGAGGUCUUUAAGGUCCCUACUCCUAUCACAACUAUGAAGAUUUCUUCAAAACGGCAACAACUAUAUGUGGCGUCUCCGGUUGGGGUGACUCAUUUGGCCCUGCACAGGUGUGAUGUCUAUGGCGAGGCCUGUGCAGACUGCUGUUUGGCCCGGGACCCUUAUUGUGCCUGGGACGGCAAGUCCUGCUCUCGGUACUCGGCCUCACAGAAGAGACGCAGUCGGCGACAGGAUGUGAAAUACGGGAAUCCCAUUCGGCAGUGCAGAGGAUACAAUUCCAACACCAAUAAGAACACUCUAGAGACGGUGCAGUACGGGGUGGAGGGCAGCAGCACGUUUUUGGAGUGCCAGGCCAGAUCGCCCCAUGCCGCUAUCAAAUGGCACCUCCACCGAGACAACAGCGACAGGAGGAGAGAGGUCCGUACCGACGGGCGCGUCUUGAAGACAGAUCAAGGCUUGCUACUACAUUCCCUUCAGUCCUCCGACUCUGGCAUCUACGUCUGCACAGCCACAGAGAAGAACUUCAAGCACACCUUGGUGAAACUUCAGCUGGUGGUCUUGACCAACCAGGCCGUCAACAGCAUCCUAGUGGAAUCGGGCCGUCCGGUGACGUCUUCGCUCCAAUCCAGCCCCUGGACCCCCAGCGCCGGACAAUACAAAGACCUUCUGACCAUCCUCAGUCAGCCUGAGAUGGGCCUCAUAAACCAGUACUGCCAGGACUAUUGGCAAUAUGGAGACCCGCUGAUGGGGGUCAUCAAGGCCAAAGACCUCAAAGAGCUGAAGGAACAGAAGAAACCGCGGAAUCGCAGACAUCAUGGGGACGAGGAGGAGACAUGAGGGGGCUUCAGCCCCCCCGGCCUUAUAGGAAAGACUUCUAAUAGAGGAAAACCUGUAAAAAUAAAAAAAGAAAGAAAAACUUCCAUCAAAUGAAACCGAACUUUUCAAGCAACAAACGGAAUUCCCUUUUAACACAUAAAGAUGAUAUCAUACACAGUAUUUAUUGUAGGUUGUAUAUAGUACCAUUCUGUAGAUUUCUUUGUACUUAAAUAGAAAAAUGAAUGCUCUUUGUGUAUAAGUACCUAACGGGCAAAUAGUAUUGUUAUAUUAUUUUUAUUGUCACAACUACAAACAAAACAAAAGAAAUCUCCAAUUUCCAUCUUCCGGGCAUUGUCGACUCGUAUAUAUUGACGUAAACUCAUAGACUAUGAACUGUGUUGAACUUGAGAUGGGUAUGGAAAGAGCGAAUGGGAAUUAAUCUUCCCCCUUAGACUCUUCACACGGAAAGACAUUCGGAAAAGGCGGGGCACGAGAUGCUGACAUCAUAAUGCACCUCACCACUAGUCCCACCCCUAAGUGCAUUCUGGUCCCUCAUUGGUUACAAUGCUACACCAGCUCAUAUUGUCUUCCUAAUGUCGCUCUGUAUGCACAAAUGCAUCUGUUUCAUUGCACAAAUGUUUAAGGUAAUCAAGUUUCAUGGCACAUUUUUUUGUGACUGUUUUGACUCAUGUAAAACAGCUGCUAAGGGUUCUUAGUAAGCUUUUAUUGUUUUUAUGCCACUUUUGAAAAGACUAAAAGCACAAACCAACUCGCACCAUGAUGAUGUCAUAAAUGCACAAAUGUGAAAGCACGUCCAGGUCAUAUUUCACCCAUUAAAAAAAGUAAAUUAAGCCAUUCUUUUAAAUCAUUAUUUUCAUAUAAACAAAUUUUCCCACCAUGUUUUAAUAUUCUAAUACUAAUUUUCCCAUUAUGGUGAGAAUGCAAUUUUUUUUAUGAUAUCAUGAUAAAUAGAUUUGAAAAGGGAAAUGUCACAAUCCAAAACUGGUGACAUGGGACUUGUUUUUAAGCAACAAUUAUAUAUAAUUAUAUUCCUUUUCAUUUCGAGGGUGAAAUAUGAUCUGGUAUGCUUUUGUGAGAUUCAGCUAAUUAUGGCCUAAAUAUGAAUUUAAAUAAACUGGUGAAGGCUACAAUAUUAUAAAAGACACAUCCUGAUAUAUGACAAAACCUACAUUCAUUUUCAAAAUGUGUUCACACUGUAUAGAGCAUUUUAUCACAGUUUUAAACUACUCGAGGUCUUGGGAAGCUGGCUUUUCAUUGUGUGCAUGAUUUAUGUAGUGGUAUUGUAAUUACGAAAUUAAAGAUAGCUACGUUGCA